CUCUCUCUAAAAACCAGAAAGAAAGAAAGAAAAAAAAAAACAGCAAAAUAACAUCGAAAACACUCGAAACCAGAUCAAACACAAACCCAAAACCAAAAGGAAAAAAAUUCAAACAAAUAAUACAAAAAAAGAGAUAAUUGCCAUGAACAACGACGACCACCGGAGCCACCAGCAUCCACGGCUGAGCAACCUCCGGAGUACGGCCCAUGUGCUCAAGCAAGCCGGCGCCACCUUCUCCGGCAACCUUGCCGUCGUCCUCUUCCUCUCCCUCCUUGUCUUCUCCUUCCGCGUCGUCGUCGAGAACGGGACGGACCUCGUCACCUCCUUCAUCGACCGCGAUCCUUCCCUCAAGUCCCUCCUCUCCCGCCUCGACCUCGCGACCCCUAACCACCACCACAACCGCCUCCGAUCAUCAUCCUCCGACUCCGCCGCCGCCGCCGCCCUCCGUCGCCGCCGCCGCCCCUUCCUCCACCUCACCAGAGUCGGAACCCUGGACGACGACUUCUUCUCCGGCGACGACGACGACGAUCGCAGCCUCUUCGGCUCCAAUCGCCGCCUCUCCGUCAAUGCCAGCGUCGUCCUCUUCUCCCAAUUGGGAUCGAACCUCGGAUUCUCCGAUCUGGUCGUCGAUAAUGGAGUUAGGGUUUCGGAGGUGGUCAGGUCCGGCGUCAAUUUCAAAUCCGCGGACCGAAUCGUCGAUCGAGAGGAGGAGAGCGAUGUCUCCGGAUCGGAAAAUUCCGGAGAUUCUGAUCGGAUCGUUGACUUGCAAUUCUUCGUCAAGGGAUUGGAGCUCAGUCGCCGCGACGCCGUUCUCUUCUUCCUCGUGAGUUUCUUGUCCGCUGCUUAUGGUUGGGUGAUUCUAGGGUUUCUAGUAACGUACUCUUGGGUAUUGGGCAUUGUGUUCAUCACUGUCGUUAAUGAUCUGUUAGGCAGAUUUAGUUCUUUUGCUGGUUUGGUUUGGGACGGUUCUAGAUUAGGGCUCAAGAGGCUUUCUGGGUUCAUCCUCAUGAGAUGGGCAGUGAGAGAUGCAUUGACGCAGCUUCUUGGACUGUGGUACUUCGGCGAAAUCGAAGACCAGUACUCGUUUUUCAAGCUCUUUGUGAGGUUGAAGCUCAUGCCAUUUUCUGUAAUGUCUCCUUGGAUUAGAGGCUUUGAGAAGGAAAUUUCUGGGUUCUUGUUUACCUGGUUCUUGUUAGAUAGUUUUGUGGCUCUCAUUUUCGCCGUUGAUCCGUGGAUUGCGAUUGUCGAUUCGCGGAAGAGUGGGAGAGAAAUUGUUAAGGAAGGUUGUUACUUGAUAUCCACAAUGUUCAACCAAGCUAUCCAAAUUAAAAGCUUGGAGGCCUUGUUUUGUGGGUCGUUUGUGAGGUGGGUUUUUGCCCGGGUUUUCGGUAGAUCCUUGGCCAAGGUUUUUCAGUCGACAAUGGAGGUUUACUUCAUGGUUGUUUGGCUUGUGUUUUACUUUGCGGCGAGGUGUAAAGAUGCAAAUGCGCAGGGAAGGAGGUUCGGGCGGAGAGAAUUGGAGGCCUUGGUUGAUGGGCUCAGAUGAUACUCUCGAUGAUGGUAAAAAUGAAUGGCAUUUUUCUCUUGGAGACAUCGAUCAUUAUGGCGCUUAAUUGGCGGUAAUCACUCAGUGCUCUUGCUCUUAUGAUUUUGCUUAAAUCAAUUCCUUGUGACUCUGCACUGACAUUGUUUGGUGUUGUCAUUAGUCACCAGCAAGCAAUGAUUUGUAUGUAUUUUCAUCAUUAGGUGAUGUACUACUUGUGUAUAUUGGGGCGAGAAAAUCUUUCAUGUGUAUAUUAUGUUGCAAUCAAUUGUUUUUUAUGCCUGCAAUACAAUGUUCUUUGAGGGUGAAGAUAAUGUAAGAAAGCCAGAAUGGUCAUUUUUGGAAUUACUUAGGAUGAUGUAGCCUUGAACCUACAUUGUUGUGGUCAUUUCAGUUAUGCAGGACUUUUUUUUUCAAUUAAAAAAAAACGCAGAGAGCUUCCAAUUUGGUAUGUAAUAUGUAUUGAUUUUUCUGUUUCAAUGAAGGGAAUCAUCAAAUGAUUCUAUAUUUCACA